UCUACAAAUCAAAAUGGCUUGGAAAAGACUGUGUCUCUUAGGAUUAGCUUUGGUGUCAUUUACUGUUGUUCGCGCAGAUAUGCCUUUCCAGCUUCGGACUAUGCUCAGCAAAGCAGAUGAUAGCAAGAACUUCUGGGGCAUGCCUGAAAUUCACCCAAUUAGAAUGGAAUUAGAAAGAGAACCUGGCGUUCUGUUGGGAACAGGAGAUAAUCUGGAUCUUUCAAAGCUGGCAAACGGAGAUAUGGAUAAAGCUGUUCUAAGAUCAGGAAAUGUUCCUUUCGGAAUAUCGAGUAUUUUAAGACGUAACGGGAGAUCUGUAGAAGAGAAAGCUGAAUGCCGCAUACAUGUACAAGUGACUGAAACUUACGAAGGACGAUGCAUUCGGCUAAGGAACAGUACUCCAGCAUGUCAAAAUGAUAAAUAUGUCGCUAUCAAUUAUAAUGAAUGCAGCUAAGGACACUGACUUCGGAUUUACCCUGUUUGAUCUCUUCCCUUUAUACAAGACUAGGGGCUUCUGAUUUAUAAUGUGAUACUCAUUUGUAAAUUGAAGCAAAAGCCGUGAUCUCUAACACUUUGGAAAUUUUAUUGUUAUUUGUCUUAGUGUUGCAGCUAAACUGUAUUUUUCAUUCUGAAUAUAAGUGAUAGUUUAUUUUACUAGUAUAUGUACUAUUAUCUUAAAACCCUGUAUUCGUUCUUUUAUUCAUUAAAUCCCAAUGCAUGUGGUUAUGCUAUCAAUGCUCAAUAAAUAGUGUUCAAUA